AUGAAAAUCACAUGCAUCAUGAUCUUAUUUUGGUUCCUCUCCAUGCUAUUACUAUCAGACAAAAGCCAGACUUCUAAAACAGGUAUCAUAUACAAUUUCACUGAGAAGAAUUACUCUUUAAUUCCAGCAGAUAUUAAUGAAGAUGUUCAAGUACUUGACCUCAGUUAUAAUCAAAUUACUCUGAAUGUUACAGACACAAGGGCUCUACAGAUGUAUUUUUUACUCACUGAACUCUAUUUGAUACAGAACAAUGUCAUUAUCUUACUUAAUGACAGUUUUGGUAACCUCUCCAACUUACAAAUUUUAAAUAUCUGUAGAAACUCCAUCUAUAUAAUUCAGCAGGAUGCAUUUGUAGGAUUGAGUAAACUAAAACAGUUGUAUCUCUGCCAAAACAAAAUAUUACACCUGAAUGCUGAUAUAUUUGUGCCUCUAAAAAACCUGAAACUUUUGAAUCUGCAAGGCAAUUUGAUAAGCUAUUUGGAGGUACCACAACUAUUUCAUCUGGAAUCAAUAAUUUUAUAUGGAAAUCCAUGGAACUGCUCUUGUAGUCUAUUCAAUUUGCAGAACUGGUUGAACACAUCAAAUGUGAUACUAGAAAAUGAGAGCAUCACCAUGUGUAGCUUCCCAGAUAUGCUGAAGUGCUACAGUAUCAAAACAGUACCUUACGAAGCUGAAUGCCACUCAAAAUUUCCUUCACCUAUAACUGAAGAUCUUUAUAUUCAUUUUCAGUCAAUUAGCAACUGGACAUUUAAUAACUCUUUGAACAACUUAACAAGAAAUUCAGAACAAGAAUCUCUUGGAAAAAGUUGGGCUUUUCUUAUUGGUGUUGUUGUCACCGUACUGAUGACUUCACUCCUCAUUUUUAUUGCUAUCAAAUGCCCAAUAUUGUAUAAUCUUCUGCUUAGUUACAAUCAUCAUCGCCUGGAAGAGCAUGAAGCAGAAACCUAUGAAGAUGGUUUUACUGGAAAUCCAAGUUCUCUUUCACAGAUGCCAUAUACAAACUCCGAAGACACUACAGUAGUAUUUGAACAAUUACAUUCAUUUGUGGUAGAUGAUGAUGGGUUUAUUGAAGACAAAUAUAUAGAUACCCAUGAAUUAUGUGAAGAAAAUUAA